CAAUCCCCUCUUAAGUCCACCUUCUCCUCUCUCAACCUCUCUUUUUUCUCCUUUUCCUAUCUUCAUUUUCACCCUCAUUGUCCCUUCUUAACUCUUCAUUAAUUUACUUUUAGCUAGGUUUCAGGAACAACCUUAGAACCUCAGAGGGCUAGCACAUUGUCUUGUUUUUCCUUAAGAACAUGAAAGAGAGUGGCAGAAAACAAGGUACCAUGUCGCCAUGUGCAGCUUGCAAGCUUCUUCGAAGAAGGUGCACGAGGGAUUGUGUGUUUGCUCCUUAUUUUCCUGCUGAUGAACCUCAGAAGUUUGGUAGUGUGCACAAGGUUUUCGGGGCUAGCAAUGUCAACAAAAUGCUACAGGAAUUACCGGAGCACCAAAGAAGUGAUGCAGUAAGUUCAAUGGUGUACGAAGCAAAUGCAAGAGUGAGAGACCCUGUGUAUGGAUGUGUGGGAGCCAUUUCUUCUCUCCAACAACAAGUUGAUGAGCUCCAAACCCAAUUGGCUCUGGCACAAGCAGAAGUUGUGCACAUGAGAAUGAGCCAAUUCUCACCACCAUCAUCAGAACACCACCACCACCACCAUCAAGCCUCCCUAGUGCCUCAUGAACCCUCCAACUCAUCAUCGGAAAACAUGUUACAUUCCAGCAGGGUCUUGUCUUCACAAAGCAAGUCCCUUUUUGGCAUGGACAUGGUCGUUGACCAGACCAUCAUGGGGCAAUCCUUGUGGUCGUACUAGAUUGUUUCAUGGCAUGCAUGCCUUCACUUUCUUCAUUUUAAACCUGUUGUCAUCAUUACACUAUCACGGGCUUGCUUUCUUGUCUGCCUCGUUACCACUUUUUUUCUGCUUUGUUUCCCUCACUAUCAUAUAUCUUUACCCUAGUCUCUUCUCAUGACUGAAAAGACAUCCAUCUAUCUCUCUGCAUUACCAAGAGAUGAUGAUGAUGAUUAGUUAGCCCCAGUGUAAAUGUCUAAACUUGUAAUUAUGAGUAAUCAUAUUAUUAGUAUUAAGUUGACUAUACUUUUUCA